AACACGAAACCCAGAUCCACGCCCACUGUCCUCUGCCCAAGGCUACGGUACCACACCACAACCACACUCGGUGAGUGAGGUAGCGGCACGAGCACGCGCCAUGAAGAGCCCCGCCGUUCCGGCCAAGAGGCGCCACGGCGGCAACGGCAGCGGCAGCGGCCCGGGGUUCGCGCUUGGGUGCGGCUGCAAGGACGCCAAGAGCGUGUCGGUGUCCGUGUCCGCGUCCGCGUCCCCGUCCCAGUCGGCGACGACAGGGACGUCGACCGUGACGCGCCGCACGAGCGCCGGCGGGCUGAACCCGUGGGCGUCGACGACGACGGACACCCUGACGUCGGCGUCGGCGUCCUCGCUCUGGGAAGACGCGGUGGAGGGGCUGGGCUACAAGGACGGCGGCUGCCGGAUGGUGCCGGAGAGCACCGCGCCGAGCUUCUCCGGCCUGCUGCGCGAGCUCGGCGAGCUGGAGCGGAGCGUCGCGUCGUGGGGCGGCGCGCGGAAGGGACACCGCCGCGACCGCGAGGGCAAGCUCUCGCCGCCGGCGCUGCGGCACGAGCAGCAGAGGAGGGCGGCCAAGGGCGAGCCCAGGGACUCGGAGGAGAACCGCUUCGUCGACGCGGGCGCGGGGCUCCAGGGCAGCGUGGCGGUGGUGAAGCAGUCGGACGACCCGCUCCGCGACUUCCGGCGCUCGAUGCUGCAGAUGAUCGUGGAGAACGGGAUCGUGGCGGGCGAGGACCUGCGCGAGAUGCUCCGGCGCUUCCUCACCCUCAACGCGCCGCACCACCACGACGCCAUCCUGCGCGCCUUCGCCGAGAUCUGGGACGACGUGUUCGUCGCCGCCGCCGCGUCGCUCGACGACUGUGCCAGCCCGGUCGGCCGAGCGUCCUCCGUCUCAGGCCGGGAACCGGCGGCGGCGGGCAGGCCGCCAGCGCCCAGAACGACCGCCCGCCACCACCGCCGCUCGCCACCGGCGUGGCGCGUGUAGUGGGUAGUAAGGGUAACUCGUCGUACGCGUGCGUUGUCUUUCUCAUUUGCUACCCCGGGGUGGCAAUGUACGUGCGUGCGUGCGCUGCUGAAAAGGCAAAUACUAUACACUACCGUAUCAGUUCAUUCGUGUUCCAUUUCCGCGUACUGGAAAAGGCACGAGAAUGUGGUAUUGCCUUCUUCUUUUUU